AUGACGUUACCAAAACACGCAAAGCUGCUCCUGGAUAGCACCCAUUUUAGCGACAUUCGCAGCACAGUACGUUCCCGGUCCAUUGCAUGGGACGCUUUGGCCAGAACUGCCGAGAUCAGCGAACUGGACGCUACGGUUGCUAAAAAACUAGAGAGCGCUUUGAUCAAACAUACGGAUGUGGCGAUCACCCCUGCAGAAAGCAUUCCGGCCGCGAUCCACAUUAUAGAAACCAUGCAGAACGGAGAGGUCAAGAAGUUCGUGCACAAUUUGCUCGCUGAGUAUCUGUCUUCGGACCAGUACGCAGACGCCGGGUUUGACUACUUCACACAAAACCCACAGGCCGUCGUCGAUCUGUUCAACGCGUCGCUUUCCGGUGACGACCAAACUAUUCUGCUCUCGAGCUUCAAUGUGGUAUCCUUGUUGAUUCAGCCCGGUUUGCACAAUCCAAAACUGGCAGCGUCGCUGCUCGAAAACCAGCGUUUCGUCGCGGUCCUACAAAACACCGACCACAUGGACACCAGUUACGUGUGCAUCCGACUUUUGCAGGAAUUGGCCUCCGUGCAAGAGUACAGGGCUAUCACCUGGUCAGCCCAAAGUGCGUUUAUGCCCACUCUUCUUGGCAUCAUCAGUAACGCUCUAGAGGCUAACUCGGCCACCAGAGUGGCCCCUACUAACAGCAACAACUUGGGCAUUCAGACCCAGUACUACUCUCUCUUGACGCUAUGGCUGCUCACUUUUGACCACCGGAUUGCCUCAGAAUUCGUUUCCAAGUAUCUAAGUGAUUUCUUGAACCUUCUAAAGCUUGUCAAAAUUACCAUCAAGGAAAAAUUAUCGAGGCUCUGUAUUGCCGUCGUGCUCAAUUGCGUGGCUCCUCACGUCAAAGGGCACAAGGCCGUUAUCCGCCAACUGUUGUUGUUGGGCAAUGCUUUGCCCAUUCUGCAGUCUCUAAGCGAGAGAAAAUACUCCGACGACGAACUUCGUCAAGACUUGGUCACUUUGAAAGAGUUGCUGGAAAAAACUUAUCAAGAUUUGACUUCCUUCGAUGAAUAUGAAGCAGAGGUCAACUCGAAGUUAUUGGUGUGGUCACCACCUCACGUUGAUAACGGGUUCUGGUCAGACAACAUCGAGAAAUUCAAGGACGAUAACUGGAAGCUAUUCAAGAAACUUGUUGCUAUCUUAACAUGCCCCAAUAAUGAACCCUCCACGAAAACAGCCUUGCAAGUCGCCUUGAGCGACAUUACGCAUGUUGUGGAGUUGCUACCCGAAAGUGUGGACGUUUUGGCAAAACUGAACGGCAAAGUGUUGAUCAUGGAGCUGCUAAACCACCCUGACUCGAAGGUCAAAUACGAAGCGUUGAAAGCAACCCAGGCCUUUGUUGCCCACACUUUUAGCAGAUGA